UUAAAUAAUAUAAAUUAUUUAAAUAGCAGUUAUAAUACAAAUGAUACAAAUUCAACUAUUUAUAAUAAUGAUGAUGAUGAAUGUAAUUUAGAAUGUGAUGAUUGUAUACCAUGUAAUGCAACAUAUGAGGAAUAUAUGCAAUACUUAUAUGAUUAUAUAUAUCCCAGUCGUUCUGAAUGGAUUUUAAUAGCAACACAUUGUGUUGUAUUUAUUACAGGAUUGGUCGGGAACGCACUUGUAUGUAUUGCCGUUUAUACAAAUUAUUCCAUGAGAACCGUUACAAAUGUUUAUAUUGUCAAUUUAGCGAUAGCAGAUUUUUUUGUUAUUUUAAUAUGUUUACCACCUUCAGUUGUAUGGGAUGUAACAGAGACAUGGUUUCUUGGUGAAUCAAUGUGUAAAAUUGUUUUAUAUUUUCAGUCAAUUUCAGUAACAGUAUCUGUAUUGACAUUAACAUUUAUAUCAGUGGACAGAUGGUAUGCAAUUUGUUUUCCACUAAGAUAUAGAACGAAAAUAACUAGAGCGAUUGCAUCAGUUGCAUUUAUUUGGAUUGUUGCGCUCAUUUCAGAUGUUCCAGAAUUUUUAGCCUUGACAUUAAAGCCAAUGAAUUCAAAAUUACGAUAUGAAACUGUUUUAUUUACACAAUGUCAGACCACAUGGGAUAUUGAGACUGAAAAGAAUUUUUAUAUUGUACGGCUUGUAACAUUGUAUAUAUUACCGUUAUUCUUGAUGACAAUUGCGUACUUCAAAAUUGUACGAGUAUUAUGGAAAUCGGAAACGAUACCAGGUCACAGAGAAUCUAGAAAUCAUCAUCAAUAUACAACAUGUGGCUAUGCAAGAGGAUCACAAAUGCCUGCCUCAAAUACGAGUACCAUGGGUCAAUUGAGAGCACGUAGAAAAGCAGCAAAAAUGUUAGUGGCUGUUGUAAUAAUGUUUGCGGUUUGUUAUGCACCAGUUCAUACAUUUAAUAUAAUGAGAUAUACCGACACACUACCACACAACGAACUAACUAGUAUAUUUUCAUUACUAUCACAUUGGUUAUGCUAUGCUAAUAGUGCUAUCAAUCCAAUUAUUUACAAUUUUAUGAGUGGAAAAUUCCGUCGUGAAUUUCGGAAUGCGCUUGAAAAGUGUCGAUGUGCAAGGAUUCGAGUUGAAGAUCGUUCAUUAAAUCAUAGUACACCAGCAUCAAGAAUGAAUAAUGUUAGUCCUGGUUCCAGAAACAAUGCAGACCACUUUUGUUGAAAAUUAUGGAAAUGGUCAUUCUACUGCAAUACCAAUGUUAAAUAAUGAGAAAAAAGGUCAAAUAACUUGACGACAAAAGCUACGUGUAUCAUGGUCAAAAGGCCUACCAAGAGACUGUUAAAAUGAAUAUAUUUUUUUUAGGAGUCUGUAGGAAACAAAACCAUCAGAAAAAAAUGAAAUAAACAAAAAAAAAAAAAAACAAAAAAAAAUCCAAAUUGUAAAUUCUUAAUAACGGUACUUUAAAAUAAAAAUUAUUUUUUUAAAUAUUUUCAAUUUUAUUUUAUAAAUCACAAUUAUUAAUUAAAUUAGAAAUCUGUAAAUAAAAUAUUUUUAAGAAAAUUGUAUUAGAAAAGAAAAAUAAGUAAUUAAUUAGGUAAAAAAAAGAAGAAUUAUAAUUAACUAAUAGAAUUUAUUCGAGUUGCGAAAUUUGAAAGAAUCUUAUUUUUAAAGCAUAAAGCUACAUCUAGUAUAAAACAUUUUUAGAAUACGGUUUCACUUGUACAUAUAUAUGGGAAAUUAUUUUUGGUAUUUAUAUUUAAAUUCCUAUGUAGGUGAAAUUUUUAGCAUAUUCGUCGAGGUGGUAGUAAUUUUUACAACUCUGUCCUAAUUUCUCCGUAUAAGUAUUUUAGGCACGAUAACAAAAUUAAUAUUGAGAGCAUACAACCGUAUGUAUGAAGGUACAGAGAAUACGAAAGUAUGAGAGAGCAAUUUAACGGAGUAAUUACAAAAAAGAAAAUGUGGAAAGGGAAAAAUUUACUAUCCACUCGUUAAUUGAAGCUUAAAUUUUACCCACAUUUAUAGUUACAUUUUUUUCAAUUUUAUAAAUAAAUAUUUUUGUCUCCUCUUGGCCCAAAAUAAUAACUUCUAAUAUUCGAUUGGAUUAUCUCUUACCAUUUUUAAUACAAUUGGCAUUUUAAGUCUAUUUCAAUUCAAUUUAAAAUAUGCGU